CGAGAAGCGAGCCUGUGGGUGGGGUCUCGGCGGGGUCUCCGCGUGGUUGUGAAUGAGCAACGGGCAGAGAGGAGAGGGCAGGGUAGCGCAGAGUUGAGCGGGACAGCUGAGCAAAGGCAGCAGACCCACUCCAACCUCGCCAGGGGCCUUGAGCGGCGCCGCCGCCGGCCCGUACCCCGAGUCAAGUCAAAAUGGUCGGUCGGCGCCGAGUUUGUUGCGGCGCGCUUCCGCCUUGCCGCGCGCGCACAAUUCUGCCUCCCAGCUCCUCUGCUGCUGUCGUCAGGGCAAGCACCAGCCAGCCCCAGGGGCAGCCAGGCAGCCACUUGCUCUCGCAGAGCUCGUCCGCACCUCGUCCGACAUCAGCUGUUCAGGCUAUUCCCCGCGCGCCCCGCAGGCCCCGGACGAGGAGGGUUGAAGCCAGACGCCGCCUGUGAAACGCCGCGGCUUGGUUUGGUCAAGAAGAACACAAGAGAGCUCGCCAAGGCUGCUGUUGCUGCUGUCUCGUCUCGUCUCGUCCGUCUCACCUCCCCACUCCCCUCCAGCACCAUGGCAUACGACAGCGAGAAGGAAGCGUACAAGGUCGACGAGGGGGUCGCUGCCGAGCAGCGCGCAGAGCAGGAUGAGAACCUCGCGCACACGCACGACGGCGAGUUCGGCACCAAGCGUGAUCUGACACCCCGCGUGGUGUCCAUGAUCGCCAUCGCAGGGACCAUCGGCACUGGUCUGUUCCUCGGCUCUGGCGCUGCGUUGACGCUCGGUGGCCCGGUCGGCGCGUGGCUCGCGUACCUCAUCAUGGGCAUUCUCGUCUGCGGCAUGAUGUACAGUUUAGGCGAGAUGACAUGCUUCGCGCCCAAUGUCGGCGGCUUCAUCGAGAUGGGCACGCGCUACGUCGACCCUGCGUUCGGCUUCAUGAUGGGCAUCAACUACAUCCUCCAGACCGGCCUCACGUUCCCGGGCGAGCUGAGCGCAAUCGCCAUCCUCAUCUCCUACUGGGACGACAACUCGAAGCAUGCCGGCGCGUACAUCACUGCGUUCCUCAUCGCCACGAUGCUUAUGAACGUUGUCGGCGUGAAAUACUACGGCGAGAUCGAGUUCGUCUUCGCCGUCAUCAAGAUCACCAUGCUCAUCGCGUUGAUUCUCUUUGGCCUCGUCGCCAACCUGGGCGGCAUCCCCCCGAAGCGCGAGUACAUUGGCGGCCGGUUCUGGCGCGACGAGCCCUUCAACGACAGCUUUAUGGACCUCAAGCCCGUGUCGCUGAGCCGCUUCCUGGGCUUCUGGGCCGUGUUCACCAAGGCGGCGUUCAGCUACCUCGGCAUCGAGGCCAUUGCCGUGCUUGCAGGUGAGGCGCAUAACCCGCGCCAGACGAUGCGCAUGGCCGUCCGCACAGUCUUCUACCGUAUCGUCGGAAUCUACGUCAUUGCGAUCCUCAUUAUCGGCCUCACGGUCAGCCAGCACUCGCCCGAGCUGCUCCACGCCGUCCAGCUCGGCGGACAGACGGCCGCGUCGUCGCCCUUCGUCGUCAUCUGCAUCCAGAUGGGCGUCAAGGUGUUCCCGUCGGUCAUCAACGCCGUGGUCAUCACCUCCGCGCUGUCAUGCGGUAAUGAGAACGUCUACGCGCUCUCGCGCACCCUCAUGGCUCUCGCGAAGCAGGGCUAUGCGCCCAAGAUCUUCCUCACGACCGACAAGCGCGGUGUUCCCCUCGCCGGCGUGCUCGUCGCCAUGGCAUUCGGCCUGCUGUCGUACCUCUCGCUGUCCAAGGGCUCGAACCAGGCCUUCCUGUGGCUCACCAACCUGUCAGCGCUGAGCACGCUCGUGGGCUGGGUGUCCAUCUGCUACUGCUUUGUGCGGUUCAAGAAGGCGCUCGAGCUGCAGGGCAUCGACCGGCGCAAGCUCAUCCUGCGCUCGUGGUUCCAGCCGUACAUGGCGUGGACGUGCAUCUCGUUCUUUUCCCUCGUGCUCUUCUUCAACGGCUUCACAAACUUUAUCCACAAGUUUGACGCCAAGGGGUUCGUCGCCAGCUACAUUACCAUGCCGGUCAUUGCUGUCGCGUACGUCGGCUUCAAGCUCUGGACGCGCAGCAAGGUGGUGCGGCUCGACGAGAUUGACCUGAGUAAUGGCCCCGCCGAGGCGCUCGCGGGCACGCGGUACGAUCGCAACGCGUCGAUGUUUGUCCCCUCGCCGAAGUGAACUCAGUAGGGCCAUGCGCUGCGCCGCAUCUGCCGAGGGUGACCUUAAUCCCGGAGCAAAGCAUCUUGUACUUGUAUCAGUAGAAGCGAUGGAGG